AUGGGAUGGUUUACAGAAGAUCCCAUUUCCAGCCAUGACCACAACAAUAUGUACACAGAAACAAAAGGUUUAGAGUCCACAAGUUUUGGUGAAAAUGGGACAAAGGCGGAAAAACUUGACCAUAAUGCCAGUGAGCGUAAUCGUCGUCAAAAGAUGAACAGCUUGUAUUCUUCUCUUCGUUCUUUGCUUCCAGCUACAGAUCAAACGAAAAAAUUAAGCAUCCCAGCCACAGUUUCUCGUGUGCUAAAGUACAUACCGGAGCUACAAAAGAAAGUGGACAUACUGAUUCAGAAAAAAGAAGAACUUUUAUCAACCAAAUCAAGGAAAGAAGACUUCAUUUACCAUGAAAGCUUGAGAGAUGGUUCGAGACGAAGCUCGCCUACUUCUAAUGUUUCUGUAAGGCCAGUUGGUAAUGGAGAAAUCUUAAUACAGAUAUCCUCAGCUGAGGAUAGAAGGACUUCAUUAUCAGAUGUUUUAAAAGACCUAGAGGGGAAUGGCAUGGUUUUACUCAAUGCAUCUACUUUCCAGUCUGCAGGAAUGAUCUUUUAUAGCAUGCACUUUCAGGUGCAAGGGAACCCUAUAUUGGAGCUUCCAAUAUUAAAGGAAAGGCUUAUGAUAUUAUUAUUUGAGAGAAUGAAUUGA